UCAACUCCCUUUUUGGGGGAGCUGAAGGCGGGUUAUACAGGAGACUGGAGUCAAAGGUACUCCCUAUCCCCAAGACGGGAUCUGUGGCGGUGAUCUAUUGCAAGAAUUGGAUGAGCUGGCAGAAAGUCCACUCGCAGAUUGGUUAACUGAAAAAGUUGAUUUUGGUUCAUUGGAAUUCCAAGACGAUGGCAGUCUCAUACCUGACAGUGAAUUUAACUCUCAACUUGCUGAAAUGCCCCCAGUGUUGGUUAAUUCAGAAGUUGAUGAGUUACAGGAGUUGGCAGUGAGCCCAGCCGACUUGGAAUUACUGAACAGUCUUGUCGUCAAUUCUGAAGUACCGCCACAGCCAGUCUCCCCUGGAGAAAAUACUGCACCACAUUUAUUAGCAUUGUCCCCAAUGAGCAGUCCUCCACCAUCCAGAAGUGAUUCACCAAUGCCAUUUUUAUCAAUCCCAGAAAACACUGAUAUCCCUUCUUUGAUCCCAGCUGCGACUCUACUGGGCGUUCUAGUCCAGCAAAGCCAAGAACAGUUGUAUUUAUCAAACCAGUCAAUUUCAUCUGAAACUUCCUUGAGCUUGCAGAAUUCCCCAUCCCCAUCACCAUCAGUUGUGUCAUAUACAUCCAGUGAGGUCCAAGAAGAGGUCAUCAGUGAUUCCCCAAAAAGAUCCAAGUCUAAAUUAAAAACCGCCUCUGGUACCAAAUAUGGAAAGUUCACUGAUAGGAAAUCCAGAAAACGUGACCAAAAUAAAGCAGCAGCAACCAGAUACAGAGAAAAGAAAAAAGCAGAGGCUGAUGGUAUACAUACAGAGGAAGAAAGACUAGUUGCUAAAAACACAUCUUUAAAAGAACAAGUAGAUUCCUUAACCAGAGAAAUACAAUAUAUGAAAGAACUAAUGGUUGAUGUGUACAAAGCUAAAGGGAUGAUUUAAAAAUAUAAUUUGUAUUCUAUUUUAUUUUGAAAAUUCAUUUAUUUAGAUGGUAUAAUUAAAUUUAUUAUUUGUGUAGGAUUUUAUUAGACUAGAUGGUUAUCGUCCAUUG